CGAUCGAUGCGGGCCGCGGGCGGGGCGCCGUGGGGGCCGGAGCCCGGCCAGGGGGAGCUGAGCCCCGUGCUGGCGGCCGCCCGGCCCAGGCCCCGCUCCUACGGCAGCACGGCCCCCGCCGACCCCGCCCGCCCCCCCGGGCCCCGCCCCGGGCCCCCGCGCAGCCUGCAGCACAGGGUGGCCACCGGAGACACCCUGCAGGGCAUCGCCCUCAAGUUCGGGGUCACGAUGGAACAAAUCAAAAGGGCAAAUAAACUGUUUACCAACGAUUGCAUCUUCCUGAAGGAGACCUUGAACAUCCCGAUGCCUCUCGAGAAGCCGUCGCCGUUCAACGGACUCGACUCCCUGGAUUCCCCCGACGGGGAACCGCCCGCGGAUCCCUGCCCCUCAGCCGAAGACGCAGCUCCAGGUGGCGGCCGCUUCUCUCCCAGCCCUCAGAUCCAGGAAAAUGCGGCCGGCCAAGCCGAGGAAUUGUCCGCCAAAGAUUUCCUGCGGAAGCUGGAUCUGCAGAUCAAACUGUCCACGCAGGCCGCCAGGAAGCUCAAAGAAGAGAGCAGAGACGCCGAUGCCGCUGACAGUCCUUACGCAGGGUCUUCUUACCACAUGUAGCUGGUCACUACACCCCCCCUGCCUGCCCCGCCACACCGCCCCAGGGACGCGGCAUCAGGAAAAAAUGAAUGAUCGGGAAGAAACGGAUCAGGAAGAAACGGGCCUCGGGCCUCCUCCCGUCCGGCUCUCCUCGCCCGCCUAGGACGGGCCGUCUUUCCGUCUGGAAAUGCGUCGAAGCGAUGAGUUCCCUUUUGCCUCGUUCUCAGUGUCCGUCUUUCCUGCAUCCCUAAAGAGGCCGGGGCCGCCUUUCCCGCCCAGCAUCCUCGCACUUGGUGGACUUGGUCCGGAGAGAGCCGGCAGGGACCAAAAUCGGAAAAUCCCGGUCCGCCCAACGAAAAGGCGUGAGCCUCGCCUGUACCGACUGCGUCCAACCCGACGCGCCUGCAUCAACCCCAGCACUUAGAAUGAUGCCCGGCACGUAGCAAGCGCUUAACAGAUACCAUCAUCGUCGUCAAUACGAUCUCCGCCGGGCCCAGUCGAAGAAGGUUUUACAUGCGUGAAGAGCCCGAUCCCGAUUCAGUUCUCUAUUUUGGAAAUGGAGCUGGAAAAGUCUGAGUGGGAGAUGAGAAAACAAAAAAAAACCCUCUAUGUUUGCCGAGUGCCGGCUCCUAUUUUUCUGGAAUGAGGGGAAAAAGUACAGCAGCCUAUUUUUCCUUUUGUAAUGACAUUUGAAAAAAUAGCUUCUUGUGUGCCAGGUCUGUCGUUUAAUUUAAGAUACAAGAAAAAUUAAAAUUAAAAAGUGUAAAAACCA